CAAACAUCCGCAAUCAUGGCCGCGUGUUUAGAAUCUAUGUUAAGAAGUUGUAAUGGUUUGUGAAGUUUAAACGAUACAAUGUUGUUUGUAAGUUGCAUUUUCCUGCUAUUUAUGCACGUCCCGUCUGCGUAUUGCAAAACCGAACAGCUCAGUUUUGCUUCGGAUUCAGAAUCUUCUGCCCAAAUAACAACAGAAACGGGGCGUUCGAGUUGUGGUUGUGAUGCAUUGAAAAGGGAUGUUGGAGGAGUCGAUAUUGGCGAGGAAGCGCCUUUCCAUCUUGAAGAUCCCGCAGAAAAAUAUUCUAAAGAGGCCAAUAAAGAAAAGGAUGACCAUUCUAAUAAGCAAGACAUUCGCAGCAAGAUGGUGCCUCUUGAUUCAUCUUGGUUCUUCAUGGGCACUGAUAACCCAAGCAUUCCACCUGAUGGAGAAGGCCCUCAAAGACGGGUGUGGGUUGACUCUUUCCUCAUGGAGGAACAUGAGGUCACCAACCAACAGUUCCAACAUUUCAUCAACCAAACUGGCUAUGUCACAGAGGCUGAGCGUUUUGGAGAUUCCUUUGUUUUUGAAGAAAUGUUGACUGAAGAGUUGAAAAGCACAAUAUCACAAGCGGUGGCUGCUGCCCCCUGGUGGUUGCCAGUGAAGGGUGCGAGCUGGAGACACCCUGAGGGUCCAGGUUCCUCCAUUUCAGACAGGCUGGAUCACCCUGUUUUGCAUGUGUCAUGGAAUGACGCCCAGUCCUACUGUAAGUGGGCCAAGCGCAGGUUGCCCACAGAAGCUGAAUGGGAAUACGCCUGCAGGGGAGGAUUACAGGACAGACUGUACCCUUGGGGAAAUAAACUGCUGCCAAAAGGAAAACACUUUGCUAAUCUGUGGCAAGGUGACUUCCCUGUUAAAAACACCGGAGAAGAUGGCUAUGUUGGCACCUCACCGGUGAUGUCAUUUCCUGCUAAUGGUUAUGGUCUGUAUGAAAUGGUAGGAAAUGCGUGGGAGUGGACUGCUGACUGGUGGACUGUACAUCACACACCAGAGGAGAAACGCAAUCCGACAGGACCAGGCUCUGGUACAGACCGAGUGAAGAAAGGAGGCUCAUACAUGUGUCACAAGUCUUACUGUUACAGAUACAGAUGUGCUGCCCGCAGUCAGAACACCCCUGACAGCUCGGCCUCCAACCUGGGCUUCCGAUGUGUAGCGAGCCCUGCCUGAACUCAGCUUCCCGCUCAGAACGAGCCCAGGACUGUGCAGAGGUCUCUUUCUGUUGGAAAGACAGAAGUCAUGCUGCCUCAAAGAUUGGUGUGAAGUACAGAGCAGGGAGGGUGUUGCGUGUCUAAAAACCUCAGAAAAACAUCCUGUAAGCACCUUGGAUGGGAAAAUACUUUUCUUUUUAAGGGACACAGGAUAAUAACGAAGAUGUUUUCAUCUUUUGUCUUGAGUUUAUGAGUAGGAGUGCCAUAACCCCAAAUUGAGGUCUAGUGAAAGUAAACAGAUUUAUUUUGAUAUGUGUUGAAUAAAUACAAAUUAUUAAUUAGC